ACCCUAGCUAGUUCAUUUUCAAUUUUCCACACAAAAAAAAGAAUCAAGAAUCCGAGUGUUUCUUUUCCUUUUAAGUUUAUUCAAUGGAGGAUGAAAACGAGCUAAUGUUGGAGUUAUCGAUAGGGGGGAUUUUUGCGAAUCCGAAACCGAACCCGAAUGUGACCGAAUCGACGAAAAUCGACAAUCGAAUAUUGAAAGAUGGCGUUCGGCGACGGAAGAGGGAAGAAAAGGUGAAGAAAAUGGUGGAUUAUGGUUCGUGUGGGUCAGUAAGUGGUCCGUUUGUAGAGAAUAAGGAGUGGUUAGAGGCGCAAAUUGUGGGACAAAAUGAUGAUGAGCCUGCAUGUCAAAAACAGAAGCAGGAAAAGUUUGGUUCGGUUGAUGAUGAGGAUAAGAAUUUGGUUUUUCGGCCAACGGCAUGUAGAAGUUUUAGGCCGUAUCAAGGGAAAAACAAAUUGAAACUUUAUUGUAAAAUGAAAUCAAAUGGUUGUUCUUCCGAUGGCCAAUGUUCCUCUCACCAAGGUGGUGCUAGUGAUGAUAGCCAAACCAAUUCAAGCAACUCACAACUGGACCAACAAGCAGCAAGCACUUCAACGGCAAUUGUAGAGCCAUCUGAUCAACAUCAACCAGCCGGUUCAUCAAAACAAACCGUACUCUCAACCACCAAACCAAACGACCGAUCAAACCCACACGAGUCAAGUAUCCUAACCCCACCUCCCAAACCAGAACCACCCAGUAGCCAACACCAACAAACCUCUUUACUGGCCCGAAUGCCAUGUGUUUCAACGACUGGAAACGGGCCGAAUGGGAAGACGGUUAGCGGGUUCUUGUAUAAAUACAACACAAAAAAGGAUGUGAGCAUCGUUUGUGUAUGUCAUGGUCGCUCAUUUUCACCGGCUGGGUUUGUAGAGCAUGCAGGAGGGGUUGAUAUAGCUCAACCGUUGAAACAUAUCACUAUAUAUCCGGCUGCUUUUGUGUCUUGAUUUCAAGAUUUUGUGGGGUCGCAUUUGGUCCGAUUGGUACAUAACCGAGUUGGUUUUCUGGACCUUAUAAGUUGCAACAUUUUGUGGAUUAAAUCUUACUUGUGUA